AUGGCUCGGAAUCAGUCGCUUCUUCCUUCUCUCCUCGUCCUUGCUUCUUUCCUCUUCCAUCCGUCACUCGCGGUCAUUCGAGAUGACUUCACCGACUUGCCACGGCUUGCUUACGACUUUGUGAUCGUUGGAGGCGGAACCGCUGGCUCCGUCCUAGCAAGCAGGCUGACCGAGGACCCCGACUUCAAUGUUUUGCUGAUUGAAGCUGGGCCUUCGCACGAGGGUGUGCUCGAAUCGCAGGUUCCCGGCUUAACUUUUGCUCUUCAGCAAACGCAAUACGAUUGGAACUUCAACACCGUUCCUCAGAUUGGUCUGAAUAACCGGACGGAUCGGUUGCCCAGAGGUCGUAUGCUAGGUGGAAGUAGCUCCAUCAACGGACUAUUCUACACUCGUGGAUCUUCGGAUGACUAUGACAGAUGGGCAGCCAUCACGGGCGACUCUGGUUGGUCUUGGAGCAACAUCCUUCCCUAUCUCCUGAAGGUCAGCCCAUCCCUAGAGUCUGAGAGCCAGCCGGGGCUGAGAUUGGUGCGAAUAGAGCGAGAAAUGGAACCCUCCGACGGACGGUCACGAUACCACCGCAAGGUCUUCGAAGCUAGCCAGGAGCUUGGUGGGGAGUUUGCGUACGACGUCGACAUGAACGACGGAACACCACUUGGUUUUGGUUGGCUUCAGUCCACGAUCAACAAUGGGGAGAGAAGUAGUGCUGCCACUGGUUACCUCGAUGCAACCGUUCUUGCUCGACCGAACCUUCACGUCCUGGUGAACAACCGCGUCGUCAAGUUGGCUGAAAGAAAGCAGCCUGGAUCUAACACCCCAGCGUUCCAAACUGUCCAUUUUCAGACAGGAGGCAGUCCUUCAGGCAGGCUACACCGCGUAACUGCCAAGAAGGAAGUAAUCCUGGCAGCGGGCGCCUAUGGAAGCCCUCAACUGCUCAUGUUAUCCGGGAUUGGUGAUUCGACCGAGCUCCAGAACAUCGGUAUCGAGCCCAAAGUGAAACUUCCUAGCGUCGGCAAGAACCUCACUGAACACGUCCAAUUCAGCAUGAUGUUCAGCUUGGGCAUAAACGACACCGUCGACCCAUUCCUGAACCAAACCUUCCUCAUGGAAAGCAUGCAGGAGUGGUUCGACCAUCGUACCGGAUAUAUGACGAACCUAGGUAUCAAUUCUGUUAUCUGGCACAGACUCCCCGAAGACUGGCCUCACUGGAGUCAGUUUGAAGACCCUACGGGUGGUAUUAAUUCGCCGCAUAUUGAGUUGGUCGUGAUGGGUGGUGGGAUUUACCCCACUCCUGGACCUAAUCUCAUUGUCAGCCCUGUCCUGGCGAGUCCUCGCUCUCGCGGCUUCAUGACUCUCAACUCGACUAGCCCAUACGCCAGUCCUCUCAUCGACCCAGCGAUGCUCACCCACCCCUUCGACAUCCUAGCUCUGCGCGAGUCUGUCCGCUCUGUUUUGAAAUUCGUCGGUGCCUCCACGUGGGACGAGUACAACCUUACGCUCCUUCCUCCGUUUGCGGGACUUACGACUGACGAAGAAAUCUACGAGACCCUUCGCAACGUUGUUACCCAUGUCGAUGCUUCCAUUAUGGUGGGCUUCUUCCCUGGUUAA